GUGACAAAUAGCUUCACAGGCAGAAGAAAGAUGGAUCACGUAGGUCACUCACCACAAUGCAUUGGCACACACACGCAUCACGUCCCGCCACGGGUAUGUACACACCACACCCCCACAGUGGGCCGGGACACAACUGUGUCUGACCGCCCGUUGCCCCCCAUCCCACCCCCCCUAUCCACUGGCCAGCGCCACGGCAUCCCGGUGGUCGGGGUAGUAGUCUAGCAGCUCUUCUUCGUCGUCGUCUUCGUAGUACUGCUCCCAUAUCUGCCGCUUCCUCCAUCGCAUGAAGAAAAAGAGGAAGCCGAACAGCCCCACCAUCACCAGCACCACCAGCAAAAUGGCUAGAGGCACUAUCACCCACUGGUACUCAUCAGCCACGUGACGCACUCUGAAAAUUAGAUACAACACCAUGCGAGCGAGGGUUCCGUGUGCUGUGCAUGGUCUGUCUAUGGGUGUAUGUAUGGUGUCAUGUUUGCUCACGCUCUUCUGCAUGAUCCGUCGCCUUUGGGGCUAAGGGCGUAAGUGUAGUCGUCGUCGUCCCGGUAGCACGCCAGGCAAUCCAAAAUGCUCGUGCACCGACGGCAAAACACGUUGCACUGCUCACACCUACACACACCGCACCGCCCAACACCUUCCUCUAUGUGCGGGUGUAAAUGUCACCCAUCGAUGUGUGUGCGUGCUGACCUGUUCGUAUCAGGGUCGCUGAAGUAUCCCUCGUUGCAUGAGUCGAAGCAGCGCCGCUUCUCCGGGUCGAAGAGCGGCCGCUUGUCCGGACAUUGCGGCCGGGACAAUGUCACCGUGUAGGUGGAAGUCGACUUGGCCGGACCCGCAGACUGCAUCCACACAUGGCUGUCGAGCGAUUGAUGCACAGCGGCCCUCUCUCCCUCUCUCUCUCCCUCCCUCUCCCCCCUCUCCCUCCCUCAGACAGGUAGGUACCUGUAUCCGUAUGAGUAUUCUUCUGGUCAUGCCCAGGUCGAUAGGGAACUGCCCCUCCACAAACUUGUGCUGCUCCUCCCCACGCGACACGGGAGGGCUCGCCCGGUACAGCUGCAGCCGCCGCCUCGUCGUCGGCUGCUGCGGGUACGAGUCCACCUCGAUGUACUGACCCACGUCAGAUGGCUGGUAGAACACACUCACGGCGUCGUCGCCCAAGGGCACCGCCACCGCAUACUCCCGUGUUUGUGGGUCGAAUGGCGGGGCGAGGGUGAGGGCGCUGCCCAUCUUGAGGCCCUUGAGGGCCGUUUCCGUGCCGAUCAUCCGCUUGAUGGUCAGCUUGUACGGCUGCCUGACCGACUCCUCCCCGCUCAGCGCCGCCACCACCGUGACGAUCUGCUCCCCGCCCCUCGCCACCUGGAUGUCUGCCGUCGGAUGCUCUACCACAUCGCUGCUGCUGGCCGCACGAGGCUCCACGCGACACGAUGGCACGCUGUAGUCGAGAAAGGCCGUGUAGGCGAAGAUAUCUGGGUCGAAAGGCGGGAUGAGGUCGAUGGGUUGGUCAGAGUAGCGGACGGUGAUGGACGCCAGCCGUGGAACGUCAUCGCCAUGAGCCAAGACGGCAAUGAGGGAUAGUACAAGCCAGAUGUACCACGGUGGGACCUCCUGUGCCGCUGCACGCAUCCGAUUGGCCGUGUUGCCGUCUUGGUUCCCGAAAAAUGGCCAAUGGUCGACAAGUUUUUCUCCUUCUCCGGGCCCACGGAUGUGCAGAUGUUCAGUGCCUGCACUUGUUGACCCGAAACCCCUUCUCCUCCUUCCUUUUCCUCUUUCC